AUGUUGAAAUCUAAUAAGAAGAUUAAACGGAGGCAACAGUUAACAACGCAUAGUCUUAGUUUAUUCGAACAAGAAAAAUAUCGUAUUUACUCACAUGCUAUCCGUACGUUACAAACUUCAAAAUCUUUCGCCCCAUCAUCGUCGAAACAACGUCAUAUCUACCGAAUCUCAUAUAAAGCUAUCUAUGGAAUAUUCAUCGUUUGUCAUCUAGCAUCAAGUGCCAUUCUCCUAUGGAUGAUUAUUCUGAACAUAGAAGGAAUUCAUGUCGAAGCUAAAGUUCGUGAUUCGAUUGAAUAUGCUUCAUCGGAUCUGAUCGCGUUCACAGAGUGUAUAACAUCGAAAUUGAAUUGUUUGUUUAACCCGUUCUCUAAUCAAACUGACCAAAUCAGAUUCAAUCAGAUUUGGAAUCGAAUGUUCAUUAAUCUAGCAGAGCGUCUGAGAAUCUGGGCGACCAUCUUCGAUUUCCGUCUUAGUCAUUCAUUAACCAUCGCUUUGGCUGUGAUGUUUUUAAUUACAUUUGACAUUGUGUUUUAUUUCUUACUCAAAAAACUUCAUUGGUCUCGUCGAAAAGUCUUAAAUAAAACAAAGAUUGCAUUCAUUCUGUCAAUAAUCUAUUGGAUUGGUUUUGUCUUUUGGUUCACAAAACUAGUUAUUCUUCUUCCACAUGUGGCCGGUGUUUGUUCAGCUUGCACUAAUUUCAAGACUAUACAUCUCUAUAAUUCACUCUUUUAUACGAGCGAAUGGUUCAAUUCAACCUUUCCUUCGAUACUAAACAAUGAGACAGCAAAUAUCAAUCAAAUGAUUCAAGAUUGUCAACAGAAGAUGUCCUUCUGGACAACGAAUGAUUUGAGUCAUAAAAAUAAUGAAUCUUUGUCUUCUGAACAUCUCGAUCAUUGUUACAUUAUUUAUCAACUUUAUGAUGAUUUUAUGAAUUUAUUUUGUCAUUCUUUUAUUAAACAUCUAUUUCAUUAUCUAAUAGCAUCGCUUUUGAAUAUGCUGACUCAUUUGAUUCUCUAUCUACUUUCGAUUCUUCUUCGUCGAUUCAUCCAAAAUCAUAAAUGUCAAUUUGCUCGUUGGAAUAUUUCACUUCGAUCAUCAUCUUUUUCAGUGAUCCGGCCUGUGAAUGCAAAUAAUCAUGACGAUGAUGAAAUCGAACAAGGUGUCUAG